UUUCGAUUGCACUGAGUCAACACAAAAUAAAGACUCGUGCUUUCUCUCUCCUACUUCAGAUUUAUUUUCUUUCCCCAAUUUUUACAUUCAGUUUUUUAGGGUUUCUUCACAAUUCUGAAACUUCCCAUUUUAUUUUAUCUUUCUUAAGUGAAAUCCGAAAUUCUCACUCUCACUCUAUUUUCCAUCCAUGGGUAUUUCAAUUCUCUCAAAUCCCACCAAACCCCAUAAAAAUUCUUCCCCAAUUUCCCCAUCUUUCAUUUAGAAUUUCCCAUGGACCGAACCCUAAUUCUCGAUUUGAGCUCCGAUGAUGAAGUGGGGUUCGACAAUUCCUCCUCCGCCGACAAUUUCGAUUGGAUUACGAAGCUGUUUGAUGAUGUGUGUGGAGGAGAGGAUGACCCUAUUUAUAAUGGCGGGAUUUUCAACUUAGGAAAUGGCGGUGGCGGUGAUGGCAGUGGUGGUAAGGGCGUUGAUGAAGAUGGUGAUUCAGAUGACGUUGUUGUGGUGGGUGAAGUUAUAGUACAGAAACCAAAUAAGGUUAAAGCUUUGUUGCCCAGAAUUGAGGAUGACGAUGAUGACUGUGUGGUGUUGGAUUGUGACCCUGGCAAGCUGAAAGACGAGGUGAAAGAGUCGGAAGAAGUUUCGGACGAGGACGAUUUGCUUAUUGUCGGUGAAAAGGGUCAGGUUGCAUGCAGAGAUUAUCCCCACCCGCGGCAUCUCUGUGCCAAAUUUCCUUUCAGUUCUACACAACAUGAAAGCCGAUGUGAUAUGUGCCAUUGUUAUGUUUGCGACUCACUUGCUCCAUGUGCCCUUUGGGGCUCUGGAGUCUCACGUGAUGAUCACUGUCAUGCCAGCGAUAAAGAAGAAUGCUGGAAGCUUGCAAGAAAAAGAUCCAAGCAGUUGAAAAAUCCCUUGCCUUCUUCCAUGCCAAUUUCCAAGCCUGGUGCUGGUUCUCUGCUUCAUCUUCCGCAAUUGCAACCAAUUUCCACAGGACUUAAUCAACUUAUGAGGCCAACAUCUACCUGUGGGGUGCCCUCAACGUUUGGCCUCCCAAAUAUUAUUAGGAGUCAAAGGUCAAGUAUUGCUGUACCGUCAAAUAGAUUCCACCCACAUCUUAUUUCUCGGCAACUUCUCAGGAGUUGUAAUAGUAAUACUCAAGUCCAUGGCAGUAGAGGUGUAAGUUUAGCUCCAAGAACAGACACUUCCCGUGCCAUGUUCAAGAGGUCUGGAUUAACAAGUAGGGCAGCUAUUUCUAAUCGACCUACUCACCGCACACCCAGCGAUGUCACUGUGGCGUACUUACAGCUGCCAAAACAGCAGUUAACAGAAAACCUUGCUGCAAACAAUUCUACUACGUCAACGGUGUCAUCACUUCAAUUGGAUUUAAAUCCCAGUUUUUGUCUUCCAAGCACAAGCAGUAUAUCCCCUAGUACAUCGUCCUUGCAGUUGCAGCAGCAUAGUCCGCAUACACCUACUUCACAUUUUCAUGGAGGUCAUUCUGCUGCUAUACCAAGUAACAGCCCCUAUGCAUAUACAUACAUAAACCCAACACAGAAUGUUCCUGGUCUGGUGGUUCCUUGUUAUAUUAAUGCACAAAACAACAUUACAUUGUGCACUGAACAAUCGGCAGUAACUCAAACUAUUUCAGACCCGAACUUGUUUUCCAGUAACCCUGAUGUUCAGAGGAGCCAUCAAACUUCAGCAGAAGACAGUUUUUCUAGCCCAAUGUUUUCAUGUAGUACUUCUAAUGCAUUGGACAGUUUUUCAAAGAGCUGCCAACAGCCUGCAGCAGAGAAUUCCCUAGUUCGAGGUGGAGUGCCUAUGCAUGAAUUUUUACCAACACCACAGCAGAAUGUACAACCUUUUGAUAAUGCUGGACCACUAGAAUUUGAUUUUGAGAACUGGCUCCAUGAUAGCGAAACCAUUCUUGGUCGAGAGGAGGAGUCGUCUUUCCUGUUGGAUAUGAACGAUCAAGCUUUAGUUCCUGAGCCAGUUGAUGCAGGUAUGCUCUAUUUUGAUUUUGAGACUUCAUGGAAAGGGUUGACUCAUUCUUAACUGUAAGUUACCAAGCCUACGACGUUAAUUUUAGUCAAUGGAUCUAGGGUUUAUUAGUGAUUUUGGGGUCAACUGCAGCUGUUUUUGUAUAGUCGUACAGAGUGGUGAUGAAUGAAUCUGUCUCCUGUAGCCUUUUGAAUUGUUGUACAGAAGUUUAAAAUGCUGGAUGAAUCUGCCACAUGUGCUGUUAGUUGUUA